GGGAAAGCGUUCCCGGUCAAUGUUCAGGAAGCCUCGAAUAAGCGUCCUCGUGGUGAUAAGAACGAGGAUCGUGACGAGGUAGAGGCCAAUAAGGCAGAUGGUAGGACCUUCGUCUCCGCUAACGCCCGCAAGCGUUUCAAGCAGAAAGAAAAGAAGAAGGCAAUCGCCGAGGUCUACAACUCCUACGGGCACCAACCCAAAGGAGGGAAAAACGGCGGACAAAAGCCGAAGAAAGAUAAAGGAAAAGGGAAUAAAAAUACCUAUCCACCCCGCUGCGCUUGCUGCCACAAGGUUGGGCGCAAGUCCUCCGAGUGCUGGCAUAACACGCAAGCCCUUCAUCAGGGACAGGGGAGCUGGACUACCGGAGCCAUCUCGUAGCUCUAGCGGCAAAGGUGGAAAGGGUAAUCAAGGUGGUAUGGUCCACCUGUCGCAGGUUGCGGAGCUGUUCAGCGUCAUGAACUCGCACAAGCAAAGCUGAGCAGCGGAACCGUACGAAGUUGGGAAGUGUUCGCUGAAUUUCGAAGAAGAUGAAAUAAUGGCCAAUGUUGAUAAUCAUGCUGAUAGCUACAACACAGAUGGGCAUAGUUUCACAACGUUGAACACUAGGACACCAGAUAGCUCUAGUUGACAGCUGUGCAAACAAAUAUCAUUCACGACACAAAGACGAUUUCGAUGAAAUUGGUAACAACAUUUUUAGAAUAACAGGUAGGGCAGGCACUAAAGAUGGAAGAAUAGGAAAACUCAAGAGCAACGCUUUCGGGCUAAAGAAUG